AUGGAACGAAUGACGACUUCCAAACGCAAAGCGCCACUUGCAAGCCUACAACGUCGUGUAAGGGCAAGAAGAGAUGAACCAGAAGAGAUCCCCAGUGACCAAUCCCAAGGAGAAGAGAGUAGUGAGGACGAGGGUUCUGAAGGACAGAGCGAUGAGCAAGAGGAUGACGAUGAGUCAGGCUCCUCAUCCGAGGAAGACGAAGACGAAGUAGAAGAUCCAUCAACAGCCGCCUCACAAAUCUCCUUCGGCGCUUUAGCUAAAGCUCAAGCAUCUCUCCCCGGUACACGACGAGGGAAAGGGCGCAAAAGCCAAGACGAUGAAGAUGAAGAUGAAGAAGAUAACGACAAGCGACACAAAGACCCACGAUCCGAGUCUAAAACGAAAAUAUCUACGCCACACCGUACCAGCAAACACGCCCCCACCGAGCAAACCAGCAAACGCCAAGUCACCCGCCGACGAGAAGUCAUAGCAACACACAAGCCCGUAGCGCGAGACCCACGAUUCUCCGCCGCAGUCCAGGGGCGGCCCGUAGACGAGGAGCGGCUCCAGCGCGCGUACGGCUUCCUCGACGAGUACCGGGACUCCGAGAUAGCCCAGCUGCGGGCCGCGGCCAGGAAGACGAAAGACGCGACCGCCAAGGAAGAACUCAAGCGCGCGUUAUCAUCGAUGGAGGGCAAGAAGAAGGCGCAGCAGGCGCGCGAGGCGGAGCGCAAGCUGCUCGAGGAGCACCGCCGGCGGGAGAAGGAGCUCGUGAAGCAGGGCAAGAAGCCCUUUUAUCUCAAGCGCAGUGAGCAGAAGAAGCAAUUGCUCGUCGACCGGUUUGCGGGCCUGAAGGGCAAGCAGGUUGAUCGGGUGAUUGAGCGGCGUAGGAAGAAGUUGGCUUCGAAGGAGAGGAGGGAUAUGCCGAUGGAGAGGCGGGAGAGGUCAUGA